CUGGCUGGGAAGAUGGCGGCGGGAGCCCUGGGCGCCGCCGCCGCCGCCGCAGGACGGGCCCGGGGCGUCCCGGGUGCGCGGUCCGGAGUCGGGGCCGGGCCAUGAGCGCGCUGCCCUCGAGUGCCCGAGCCGCGGAGCCCGCCCGCGCCCCUAGCCAUGGCGCGGCUCGCGGACUAUUUCGUGCUGGUGGCGUUCGGGCCGCACCCGCGCGGGAGCGGGGAAGGCCAGGGCCAGAUCCUGCAGCGCUUCCCAGAGAAGGACUGGGAGGACAAUCCCUUCCCACAGGGCAUCGAGCUGUUCUGCCAGCCCAGUGGGUGGCAGCUGUGUCCUGAGAGGAACCCGCCGACGUUCUUCGUUGCUGUCCUCACCGACAUCAACUCUGAGCGGCACUACUGCGCCUGCCUGACCUUCUGGGAGCCAGUGGAGCCCACACAGGAGGCCGUGUGCGCCGCGGACGCCCCUGAGAGGGAAGAGGCUUCAGAGGAGGGCGGCUUGGCACGGCUCUCCCCCACGGGGCUGGCCCAGUCCGGCCAGCUGUUUGCUCCCAAGACGCUAGUGCUGGUGUCACGGCUGGACCACGCAGACGUGUUCAGGAACAGCCUGGGUCUCAUCUACACCAUCCACGUGGAGGGCCUGAACGUGUGCCUGGAGAACGUGGUUGGGAACCUGCUGAGCUGCACUGUCCCGCUGGCGGGAGGCUCCCAGAGAACCAUCUCCCUAGGGGCAGGAGACCGACAGGUCAUCCAGACUCCGCUGGCAGACUCACUGCCUGUGAGCCGCUGCAGCGUGGCCCUGCUCUUCCGCCAGCUGGGCAUCACCAACGUGCUGUCAUUGUUCUGUGCUGCCCUCACGGAGCACAAGGUCCUCUUCCUGUCCCGGAGCUACCAGCGGCUUGCCGAUGCCUGCCGGGGCCUGCUGGCCCUGCUGUUUCCUCUCAGAUACAGCUUCCCCUACGUGCCCAUCCUGCCGGCGCAGCUGCUGGAGGUCCUCAGCACACCCACGCCCUUCAUCAUCGGGGUUAACGCGGCCUUCCAGGCAGAGACCCAGGAGCUGCUGGACGUGAUCGUGGCUGACCUGGAUGGCGGGACGGUGACUGUUCCCGAGUGUGUGCACAUUCCGCCCCUGCCGGAGCCUCUGCAGAGCCAGACCCACAAUGUUCUGAGCAUGGUCCUGGAUCCAGAGCUGGAGCUAGCUGACUUGGCCUUCCCCCCACCCACAACAUCCACCUCUUCCCUGAAGAUGCAGGACAAAGAGCUGCGUGCCGUCUUCCUGCGUCUCUUUGCCCAGCUUCUGCAGGGCUACCGUUGGUGCCUACACAUCGUACGCAUCCACCCUGAGCCCGUGAUCCGCUUCCACAAGGCAGCCUUCCUUGGCCAGCGUGGGUUGGUGGAGGACGAGUUCCUGAUGAAGGUGCUGGAGGGCAUGGCCUUUGCAGGCUUCGUGUCAGAACGCGGGGUCCCCUACCGCCCCACGGACCUGUUUGAUGAGCUGGUCGCCCACGAGGUGGCACGGAUGCGUGCAGAUGAGAGCCACCCACAACGUGUCCUGCGCCACGUCCAGGAGCUGGCAGAGCAGCUCUACAAAAAUGAGAACCCGUAUCCUGCUGUGGCCAUGCACAAGGUGCAGAGGCCAGGAGAGGCCAGCCACCUGCGACGGGCACCCCGACCCUUCCCCCGGCUGGAUGAGGGCACCGUGCAGUGGAUCGUGGACCAGGCGGCUGCCAAGAUGCAGGGCGCACCCCCGGCUGUGAAAGCUGAGAAGAGGACCACCGUGCCCUCAGGGCCCCCCAUGACGGCCAUUCUGGAGCGGGGCAGCGGGCUGCAUGCCAACAGUGCCCGCCGGCUGGAGGUGGUGCGCAACUGCAUCUCUUACGUGUUCGAGGGCAAGAUGCUUGAGGCCAAGAAGUUGCUCCCGGCUGUGUUGAGGGCCCUGAAGGGGCGAGCUGCCCGCCGCUGCCUCGCCCAGGAGCUGCACCUGCACGUGCAGCAGAACCGUGCUGUCCUAGACCACCAGCAGUUCGACUUUGUUGUGCGCAUGAUGAAUUGCUGCCUACAGGAUUGCACAUCGCUGGAUGAGCAUGGCAUUGCAGCUGCCCUGCUGCCCCUGGUCACAGCCUUCUGCCGGAAGCUGAGCCCAGGGGUGACGCAGUUUGCAUACAGCUGCGUGCAGGAACAUGUGGUGUGGAGCACCCCGCAGUUCUGGGAAGCCAUGUUCUAUGGGGAUGUGCAGACCCACAUCCGUGCCCUCUACCUGGAGCCAGCGGAGGACCAAGCCCUCUCCCAGGAGGGAGAGACGCCAUCCCAGGAGGACGAGCGCUCUGCCCUGGAUGUGGCCUCUGAGCAGCGGCGCCUGUGGCCCACACUGAGUCGAGAGAAGCAGCAGGAGCUGGUGCAGAAAGAGGAGAGCACGGUGUUCAGCCAGGCCAUCCACUACGCCAACCGCAUGAGCUACCUAUUGUUGCCCCUGGACAGCAGCAAGAGCCGCCUGCUGCGUGAGCGAGCGGGGCUGGGCGACCUGGAAAGCGCCAGCAACAGCCUGGUCACCAACAGCAUGGCGGGCAGCGUGGCUGAAAGCUAUGACACAGAGAGCGGCUUUGAGGAUGCCGAGACCUGUGACGUGGCGGGGGCUGUGGUCCGCUUCAUCAACCGCUUUGUGGACAAGGUCUGCACGGAGAGUGGGGUCACCAGCGACCACCUCAAGGGGCUGCAUGUCAUGGUGCCAGACAUCGUCCAGAUGCACAUUGAGACCCUGGAGGCCGUGCACCGGGAGAGCAAGAGGCUGCCUCCCAUCCAGAAGCCCAAACUCCUGCGGCCCCGCCUGCUGCCUGGUGAGGAGUGUGUGCUGGACGGCCUGCGUGUCUACCUGCUGCCUGACGGCCGGGAGGAAGGGGCCGGGGGCAGCAGCGGUGGGCCUGCACUGCUCCCGGCCGAGGGCGCCGUUUUCCUCACCACAUACCGCGUCAUCUUUACGGGGAUGCCCACUGACCCCCUAGUGGGGGAGCAGGUGGUGGUCCGCUCCUUCCCUGUGGCGGCGCUGACCAAGGAGAAGCGCAUCAGCGUGCAGACCCCAGUGGACCAGCUGCUGCAGGACGGGCUCCAGCUGCGCUCCUGUACCUUCCAGCUGCUCAAGAUGGCCUUCGAUGAGGAGGUGGGCUCUGAUAGCGCCGAGCUCUUCCGCAAGCAGCUGCACAAGCUGCGCUUCCCGCCGGACAUCCGAGGGACCUUCGCCUUCUCCCUGGGUGGCGCCCAUGCACCCGGCCGGCCGCCUCGGACUACCAAGGACAAGGCUUCACUCAGAACGCUGUCCCGGAACCUGGUGAAGAACGCCAAGAAAACCAUCGGGCGCCAGUACGUGACCCGGAAGAAGUACAACCCCCCCGGCUGGGAGCCCCGGGGCCAGUCCCCAGCUGAGGACCAGGAGGAUGAGAUCUCAGUGUCGGAGGAGCCGGAACCCAGCACGCUGACUCCAGCCUCGGCCCUCAAACCCUCCGACCGCAUGACCAUGAGCAGCCUGGUGGAGCGGGCCUGCUGCCGGGACUACCAGCGCUUGGGCCUCGGCACGCUGAGUAGCAGCCUGAGCCGGGCCAAGUCUGAGCCCUUCCGCAUCUCACCAGUCAACCGCAUGUAUGCCAUCUGCCGCAGCUACCCUGGGCUGCUGAUCGUUCCACAGAGCGUGCAGGACAACGCCCUGCAGCGUGUCUCCCGCUGCUACCGCCAGAACCGCUUUCCUGUCGUCUGCUGGCGCAGUGGCCGCUCCCGGGCUGUGCUGCUGCGCUCUGGGGGCCUGCAUGGCAAGGGUGUGGUUGGCCUCUUCAAGGCCCAGAAUGCACCUUCUCCAGGACAGUCCCAGGCCGACUCAAGCAGCUUGGAGCAGGAGAAGUACCUGCAGGCUGUGGUCAGCUCCAUGCCCCGCUACGCAGAUGCAUCCGGGCGCAAUACACUGAGCGGCUUCUCCUCGGCCCACAUGGGUGCCCAUGUGCCCAGCCCCAGAGCCAGGGUCACCACGCUGUCCAACCCCAUGGCGGCCUCGGCCUCCAGACGAACUGCGCCCCGAGGGAAGUGGGGUAGCGUGCGAGCCAGUGGCCGCAGCAGUGGGCUUGGUGCCGACGUGGGCUCCCGGCUGGCUGGCAGAGAUGUGCUGGGGCCCCCCCAGGCCAACGGGGCCCCCUCUGACCCAGGCUUCCUGCGGCCCCAGCGUGCAGCCCUCUAUAUCAUCGGGGACAAAGCCCAGCUCAAGGGCGUGCGACCGGACCCACUGCAGCAGUGGGAGCUGGUGCCUAUCGAGGUGUUCGAGGUGCGUCAGGUGAAGGCCAGCUUCAAGAAGCUGCUCAAGGCCUGCGUGCCUGGCUGUCCUGCUGCUGAGCCUGGCCCAGCCUCCUUCCUGCGCUCCCUGGAGGACUCAGAGUGGCUUACCCAGAUCCACAAGCUGCUGCAGGUGUCUGUGCUGGUGGUGGAGUUGCUGGACUCGGGCUCCUCCGUGCUGGUGAGCCUGGAGGACGGCUGGGACAUCACCACGCAGGUGGUGUCCUUGGUGCAGCUGCUCUCGGACCCCUUCUACCGCACGCUGGAGGGCUUCCGCCUGCUGGUGGAGAAAGAGUGGCUGUCCUUCGGCCACCGCUUCAGCCACCGGGGGGCCCACACCCUGGCCGGGCAGAGCAGCGGCGUCACACCCGUCUUCCUGCAGUUCCUGGACUGCGUGCAUCAGGUGCACCUGCAGUUCCCCAUGGAGUUUGAGUUCAGCCAGUUCUACCUCAAGUUCCUCGGCUACCACCACACGUCCCGCCGGUUCCGGACCUUCCUGCUGGACUCGGACUACGAGCGCAUCGAGCUGGGCGUGCUGUACGAGGAGAAGGGCGAGCGCAGGGGCCAGCCGGCCUGCAGGUCUGUGUGGGAGUACGUGGAGCGGCUCAGCAAGAGGACGCCCGUGUUCUACAACUACAUGUACGCACCUGAAGACACGGAGGUCCUGCGCCCGUACAGCAACGUGUCCAACCUGAAGGUGUGGGACUUCUACACGGAGGAGACCCUGGCUGAGGGGCCCCCCUACGACUGGGAGCUGGCCCAGGGGCCUCCUGAGCCCCCCGAGGAAGAACGGCCUGAGGGAGGCGCCCCCCAGAGCCGGCGCCGAGUGGUGUGGCCGUGCUACGACAGCCGGCCCCGCGCCCAGCCAGAUGCUAUCUCACGCCUGCUGGAGGAGCUGCAGCGGCUGGAGACAGAGCUCGGCCGCUCACCUGAGCGCUGGAAGGAUGCCUGGGACCGGGUGAAGGCUGCGCAGCGCCUCGAGGGUCCAGGCCGGCCAGACGGGCGUGCCACUCCCAGCUCCCUGCUGGCGUCCAGCGUGCCCCACCACCGCCGCUCGCUGGGCGUGUAUCUGCAGGAGGGGCCAGUGGGCUCCACCCUGAGCCUCAGCCUGGACAGUGACCAGAGCAGUGGUUCCACCACGUCGAGCUCCCGCCAGGCUGCCCGCCGCAGCACCAGCACCCUGUAUAGCCAGUUCCAGACAGCCGAGAGUGAGAACAGGUCCUAUGAGGGCACACUGUACAAGAAGGGUGCCUUCAUGAAGCCCUGGAAGGCCCGCUGGUUCGUGCUGGACAAGACCAAGCACCAGCUGCGCUACUAUGACCACCGUGUGGACACAGAGUGCAAGGGCAUCAUUGACCUGGCUGAGGUGGAGGCUGUGGCACCAGGCACGCCCACCAUGGGUGCCCCCAAGACUGUGGACGAGAAGGCCUUCUUUGACGUGAAGACGACGCGUCGCGUUUACAACUUCUGUGCCCAGGACGUGCCCUCGGCCCAGCAGUGGGUGGACCGGAUCCAGAGCUGCCUGUCGGACGCCUGACCCCGGCCCUGCCCGGGCUGCUCUGCUUCCAGUCCUUCCAGACCACUAGGGGUGGGCAGGGCCGCCCCGGCCAUGUUUACAGCCCCGGCCCUCGACAGUAUUGAGGCCCCAGCCCCCCAGCACUUGGUGUACAGCCCCCCACCCGCCCCGCCUGCCCGGCCAGCCCUAACUUAUUGUGGCGUUGUGGCUGAGUGUCGUGUGCCAGGCAGCCAUGGUACGGCCCCCAGGUGGGCCUGUAAAUAGUCUACCUACCCAGUCCGUCGGCGUGCUGGCCCCGGCCGGCCGGCCACAGGGGAACUGUUUCUAGAACCAGAGUCUAUAUAAAAGAGAACUAACGGUG